ACAGUUCAAAUCAGGACAGCGCGCUAAAAACACUACGCUUAGUAAACGAGCGAAAUACCACGCGAUUCUCUAGAUAUUUCUACAAAACAAAGUGAAUAAAAUGGCUCUUUAUCCGCUCAUGGACAACUCGAUGUACCUAAUUCGCCCAUCCAGGCUGCUAGAUCAGCAUUUCGGCCUUUCUUUGGACCCCGAGGAUUUCCUGGAACCGCUGGCCAUCGCCAGAAAUCAUUUGAGAGGUCCUGCUGGGUACAUGAGACCGUGGCAAAGUCUGGCGAGCCACCACGACACCGGAUCCACCAUCAAAUACGACGAGAACAAAUUCAAUGUUUCCCUGGACGUGCAGCAAUUCAAACCGGAAGAGAUCACCGUGAAAGUGGUCGGCGAUAAUGUGGUCAGCGUGGAGGGAAAACACGAGGAGAAGGAGGACGAGCACGGCUACAUAUCGAGGCAGUUCGUGAGGAAGUAUGUCCUCCCGAAGGGCUACGACAUCUCCCAAGUCAACUCCAAGCUUUCCUCCGAUGGGGUUUUGAGCAUUUCCGCGCCGAAAGUCGACGACAAACAAUUGGAGCACAGGGAGAUCCCCGUGCUGCAAACUGGGGAACCCGUCAAGAAGAUCCAGAACAAGGAAGAAAAGAAGGAAUAAGGCUGAUGAUUUAGAUAUUUAGAAAAUAUUUAUGUUUUUAAAAAGUACCAAACAUUGAUAAUUUUUUGUUAAGACUGUGUUUAGUAUUAUUAAAUAAUUUUGUUAUUUGAGUUUUGGUAAUAAACUUAUUAUCCUA